CCCUGGGGGAGGAGUUCCGCCCCUCGGCCCCCGCCCCGCCGCCGCAGCCUCUCCCUUGCGCCCACACUCGCGCUCCCCGAGUCUCUCUCCUGCCUAACCCGGGCUGCGCUUCCCCCGCCAGGCACGGCAAGGCGGGCCGGCAGCCAGGAUGCAGGCCCCGCACAAGGAGCACCUGUACAAGCUGCUGGUGAUCGGUGACCUGGGCGUGGGCAAGACCAGCAUCAUUAAGCGCUACGUACACCAGAACUUCUCCUCGCACUACCGGGCCACCAUCGGCGUGGACUUCGCGCUCAAGGUGCUGCACUGGGACCCGGAGACUGUGGUGCGCCUGCAGCUCUGGGACAUCGCAGGUCAAGAGAGAUUUGGAAAUAUGACCAGGGUCUACUACCGAGAAGCUAUGGGUGCAUUUAUUGUUUUUGAUGUCACCAGACCAGCCACAUUUGAAGCAGUGGCAAAGUGGAAAAAUGAUUUGGACUCAAAGUUAACUCUCCCUAAUGGCAAACCAGUUUCAGUGGUUUUGUUGGCCAAUAAAUGUGAUCAGGCGAAGGAUGUGCUCAUGAACAAUGGCCUCAAGAUGGACCAAUUCUGCAAGGAGCAUGGUUUCGUAGGAUGGUUUGAAACAUCAGCAAAGGAAAAUAUAAACAUUGAUGAAGCCUCCAGAUGCCUGGUGAAGCACAUCCUUGCAAACGAGUGUGACCUCAUGGAGUCCAUCGAGCCGGACGUCGUGAAGCCCCAUCUCACAUCGCCCAAGGUUGUCAGCUGCUCCGGCUGUGCCAAAUCCUAGUAGCUUUUUUUUUUUUUAUUUUUUUUUUGCUGGCAGAUGAUAGAAAUAAUCCCAUCAUCCCAUGAAUUGUGCCUUUUUUUUUUUAUCAUUUUCAGUAAAUGUCAGGAUAGGGAAACACAUGUGGCAAGCCAAAGAUUUAUGCCUCUAUCUUUCCUAUAAGAAAGAAACAAUAAGUGCUGUUUUUAUGUUUCUCCCACCAUCAGCACGGUGUUUACAAGCUUUUUAAAUAUUUAAUCUUCUGGGACUGGUGCCGUGGCUCACUUGGUUAAUCUUCUGCCUGUGGCGCCGGCAUCCCAUAUGGGCACCGGGUUCUAGUCCCAGUUGCUCCUCUUCCAGUCCAGCUCUCUGCUGUGGCCCGGGAGGGCAGUGGAGGAUGGCCCAAGUUCUUGGGCGCCUGCACACGCAUGGGAGACCAGGAGGAAGCACCUGGCUCCUGGCUUUUGCUCGGCACAGCACCGGCCGUAGCAGUCAUUUGUGGGGUGAACCAAUGGAAGGAAGACUUUUCUGUCUGUCUGUCUCUCUCUCUCUCUCUCUCACUGUCUAUAACUCUACCUGUCAAAUAAAUAAAAAAAAAUUUUAAAAAGGUAUUUAAUCUUGGGGCUGGUGCUAUGGCAUAGAAGGUUAAGCCUCCACUUGCAGUAUUGGCAUCCCAUAUGGGCACUGGUUGGAAUCCUGGCUGCUCCACAUCGGAUCCAGCUCCCUGCUCAUACACCUGGAAAAGCAGUGGAAGAUAGCCCAAGAACAUGGGUCCCUGCACCCACAUGGGAAGCCCAGAAGAAGCUCCUGGUUCCUGGCUUUAGCCAGGCCCAGCCCCAGCUGUUGCAGACAUCUGGAGAGUGAGCCAGCAGAUUCAUAUCCCCCCCCCCUCUCUCUCUCUCUUCUGCUCUCUCUGUAUCUCUGCCUUUCAAAUAAAUAAAUAAAUCUUUUUAAAAAAGUAUUUAUUCUGUUGCAAAAUUCUGUUGUGUAUCCAACCAAAAUUCUGCAGGACCAGAGUCAGCCCUGUCAUUACCUUAUUUAAAUCAGUGUAUGUCUAAAGCCUAAAAGAGAUGGGGAAAAAAUAGCAAAUAAGCUGUCAAUUUUAUCAUUGGCUGUUGGGUUGUCCCUGGUGUCUUUGUGCAGAUUUCAAUACCAUCUCUGAUGGUCUGACAUGCCUGUUACGUAGAAGAGUUAUAUUCUCCUCAAAUGACCUCCAUAAGAGAUGCCUCUGAUAUAGCUCUUCACAGUCACGUACACAGGCUUUCUGCUCUUUCAUUGCCUUCAUUGUCACUUGCCAUGCCCUGAAUGUCAGUUUAACUGAAAACUGUUAUGAAUAGACCUGCCCCUUAUGUGUGCCUUUUGAUUAGCUUUCUCAGCCUCAAGCUGCGGGACUCUUCUGUACAUGUAAUAUAUAUUAUAUAUAUUUUCACAAGUGAAAAAUAAACAAUAAAAGAUGCUGUUUCCCUAUAUCUGAAAA